AUGAAUCCUCAUAACAGUAGGAUUGGUACUGCUUCCUCUGACAAGGCUUUGGAGGAAUAUUAUUUUAACCCAGAGAAACCAGGGGCUUACUAUGGUCCUGCAAAGCUGCGCAAUGUGCUCCUAGACAAGGGUGAAUCCAAAGCAUCCUUACGACGAGUUAACCGUUUUGUCAAUAACCAAGAUGCCUACAGCUUACAUAGACCUCCUGUAUAUCGCUUCAAAAGGAUGAAUGUGAGAGUGAAUUCUUUAAAUGAAAUGUUUGACGUGGAUUUAGCUGAUAUGUCUCGGUACACAAAAUUCAAUGAAAAUGUGAGAUACUUGUUGGUGACCGUGGACAUUCUAUCACGAUAUGCAUUCGUACUUCCGCUGGUCAACAAGAGACCUGACACUGUCCUCAAGGCCUUCAAACAAAUAAUCAAAGAAAGGAAACCUCGAAAAGUGAGAACAGAUGCAGGCAGUGAAUUCAAAGGAAUCUUUAGAGAAUUUCUAGAAAAAGAGAACAUCACUCACACCAUUGCACGCAAUGAAAAUAUCAAAAGCAAUUACGUGGAACGAUUCAACAGGACAUUGAAAUCGUUGAUCACUCGCUACAUGACGCAUAAUAACACAAAACGCUAUGUCAACAUUCUUCCCAAAUUGGUGUACAACUACAACCAUACACUACAUUCUUCGUUGCCUGAACUGUCUCCGGCUCAAGUGACCAAAGAGAACCAGGUAAAAGUCUGGGACCAUGUCUACCUGAAACCCAUAAGGAAGAAAAUCAACAGUACCAGCACAAGUAUGAACAUCAGCAAACCUAAAGCCAAGAGAUAUCUAUUUAAAGUAGGUGAUCUGGUUCGCAUCUCAUAUCUGAGAAGACCGUUUAGCACAGUGUUUGACCUCAAGUGGACGGAGGAGCUGUUUAAAGUGGCUAGACGUUACAAGAAACAGGGUUUUGCUCAAUACAAACUGAAAGAUUUCCACGACGAACCUCUGACAGGAUCCUUUUAUGCAAAUGAGCUAAAGAAAGUCAACAAGGCAGCAGACGUGCUCUGGCAAGUAGAGAAGGUCUUGAAAAGGAAAAAGGUGAAAGGAAAGACCUAUGCUUUGGUGCGUUGGCUAGGAUGGCCUAAAAAGUAUGACUCCUAUGUGGAUGAAAGCGAACUGAAAGAAGUGUGA